AAAUACUUUAGUGCAACAUGGAAGAAAAGAAGGGAGAAUACAAGGCUAUUAUCGAUCCUUUAGAUUACCCUGAAACUUUAGAGACAGAAAUGCUAAAAACAGGCAAGAAUCCUGAUUAUAGACUCUUUAAAGGCAAGGCAAGAGCAGUUAAAGAUCAAGAAAUAGAAUCUGGAGAGAUGCCUAAGGCAAGAUAUACAAGUGGUUCAGAUGGGUUCAAAGAGUACCCAAAGUAUCAUGAAAAGAAUAAAGAUUCUCAUUCUUAUAAUUCUUCAAUGGGAUCAACAAAGGAUAGAGGAAAUAGUCACUCGAGUUCCAGCCAAUCAAAGGAUGAUGCAGAACUUAGUAAAAACAAAAGAAAAAUAGGAAAAGAGGAGCAAACAGAAGUAGCAGGAGCUUUCUUUGAGAAUAAAGUAGAUGAUAAUACUCAUCAUUUGAAUGCAGCAGGAGCAGCUAUAGAUGUUUCAAGAAGGAGACAGAAAACAAGAAAAAUACCAAUGAGUGUUAGAAAACCAGUUUCUCAAUACUUAGCUUUCAUCAAGUCUCCAUUCAAAAAUAGGUCUCCUCUCCUAUUUUUCCCUUAUCCAAGCUAUGUAGGAGAAAAGAAGGAUGAAUUUGAUAGAGUUUUCUAUAAACCUCAAGAAGACCUAGGUCCCCUUACAAUGAGAUUCAAAAUCAGUGAAAAUACAAAUAUUUACAAUGCAAUGGUUAAUGCAAGUAAAGCUGCAGGAAUGUAUCUUGUUGGUGAAAAACAAAUGCUUAAAAAGAAACGAAUCACCCAAGGCUUAACUGAUUCUGACUCCUCUGAUGAAGAAGAGGACCCGAAUCAAAAUAACUUUAACCUACUUUUCUCAGGAUCAAUUAAAGACGACAUACUAAAAACACUCAAAGAAUAUCAAAAGAUUAACCACUUCCCUAAGAGUUUUAAUCUUGGAAGGAAGGACGCUAUGUGGAGGAACUACUUACAGGUUGCACAAAAAUAUCCUGUAGAAUAUGACUUCUGCCCCAAAACUUAUAUCUUCCCAGAAGAUGAAGAAGAAUUUGAAGAUGAUAGAAAUGACCCAGACUACGAUCCUGAAGAAGAUCUAAAAUUAUGGAUCUUCAAGCCAAGUGCUUCUAGUUGUGGAAAGGGGAUCAAGAUUGUAGGCAGAGAUGAUCCGAUUGGCAAGCACAAAAGGGGAUUUGUCAUCAGUGAAUAUAUUGCUAAUCCACAUCUUAUUGAAGGACGAAAAUAUGAUCUAAGAGUAUAUGUCCUUGUAGUUAGCUAUGAUCCUUUGAUUAUCUACUUGUAUGAUGAUGGACUUGCAAGAUUUGCUACAGAAAAAUAUACACUAGAUGAAGACGAGUUUGAAAACAGAUUUGUACAUCUUACUAAUUACAGCGUUCAGAAAAAUGCAGAUGGAUAUACUCAAAAUAAGAACAGAUCUGCAAAUAAUCUAAGAGCAGGAAAGUGGAGUCUCAAAACACUCCAGAAAGUAUUUGAAGAUCAUGGAAAAGAUUACAAAAGCGUCAAAAGAAGGAUGAAAGACUUGAUAAUUAAAAUGAUCAUUGCAGUCGAACCCCCCAUUGUGGAUGGAAUCGAAGAGUCAGGAAUGACAACAAACUUAUGCUAUGAGCUCUAUGGGUUUGAUAUCAUUAUCGAUUCUAAUCUAAAACCCUGGAUACUUGAAGUGAAUAUUAGUCCAUCUUUUUCAUCUUCGUCACCAUUUGACAAAACUUUAAAGACCAAGCUAAUUUGAGACAUUCUAACAAUAGUAGGACUUAAACCAGCCAACCAUGAAAAGUAUGAAAAUGAGCAGAAGAAGAAGCUUCGUAGCAAAGUUUUAGGCCAUAGUUCCGAAGAAAAGAAAAACUGAUCUAAACAAAUCGAAGACCUCUCAUCAGGAGAACUAGAUGAAGAGGACUUCAACUUAAUUAUGGAUUAUGAGGAACAAAUUAGAAGAGUUCAAAAUUUUGAACUGAUCUUUCCUGUGAAAAAGAAUUUCAAGAAAUAUAUGAAAUUCUUUGCUGAAAAAAGGUAUAAAAACCAAUUACUUUGGAGCCACAUUAAGAAUCCAUUGGUUGAUCUCGAGUCCUUGUAUAUGUAA